AUUCUGACUUAAUUGCACAUCUAUAGAGCACAUUGACAUACCGUGCUAUCUGGGUCUGUUAGGCUUGAACUUUUAAAAAGAGGGAGAAGGAUUCACCUUUUAAGACCCACUUUCCAGGGGCUCUUUCUAAACUGAGAAGAGAAGGAAAGUGAAGAAAGACAGGAAGAAGGAAGAAUGAAUUCAACCAAAUUGUCUGCAUCCCACCACACAGAGAGAGGAUGCUUCAAAAACUCCCAAGUGUUCUCAUGGACUAUGGCUGGCGCCUCCAUCCUGUUUCUAAGUGUCUGUUUCAUUACCAGAUGUGUCGUAACCUAUCGCAGCUUUCAAACUUACCGGCAGAACUUACAACCACAUAAAUCUCUCAAGGAGCUUUCCUGCUACCGUGAAGCAUCAGGUUCGGUCAAGAAUUGCUGUCCUUUGAACUGGAAACAUUAUCAAUCUAGUUGUUACUUUUUCUCUAAAACAACCUUGACCUGGUCAUCAAGUUUAAGGAAUUGCUCAGACAUGGGGGCUCACCUGGUGGUUAUCAACACACAGGAAGAGCAGGAAUUCCUUUUUCACACAAAACCUAAAAGGAAAGAGUUUUAUAUUGGACUGACAGACCAGGUGGUGGAGGGUCAGUGGAGAUGGGUGGAUGACACGCCUUUCACGGAGUCCCUGAGCUUCUGGGAUGCUGGGGAACCCAACAAUAUAAUUUUAGUGGAGGAUUGCGCCACCAUAAGGGACUCUUCAAACUCCAGAAAGAACUGGAAUGAUGUGCCCUGCUUCUACAGUAUGCCUUGGAUUUGUGAGAUGCCAGAAAUAAGUCCUUUGGACUAAGUGCAAGGGAGCACAGGGAACAUGGUUUACAUGCAUGAGGAAGAACAAGAGUGACUGUAACAACUCCCAAAAUCCAACAUGAGAAAAUGUCUGUUAGGCAUGCAUCAGAAGGGCCACACAUAUAUGUGUUACUCUGACAUAAGUAAAAUGACUGGUUCCUGUU